GAAAUCUCGUGUUAGCGAAUGAAAUCAAACGUGAUGAUGUCCGAACCCUCUUUCCGAUUUCUGGACCUUCCACCAGAGUUGCGAUAUAUGGUCUACGAAGAGCUUGACAUGAAGACGAAGCAUUACACUCUCGACAGUGCCGAUACGCCUGACCAAUCUUCCACCAUCACGCUCGUCUCCAAAAAGUUACCCGUCCAGAUACUAGCGACAUCCAUGUUGAUCAAUACCGAAGCCAUGAAAGUUUUCAGGCCCAGAAUGCGGCAACUGAAGGCGCAACCGAUGCGCUUCCUAAUUAAAGCGAAACAUACGAAUCCUUUGCUGGACUUUGGAUGUCGGCUCUCGCGCUGUCUCCGAUACCGUUAUCAGCCCGAGAACACACCAGUAUUAAGCAAGGCAGCUGAAGCUUUCGUCGACCGCUGUGUUAAAUCCCGCCGUCUAUCGAGCAGUCGCCCCCAUGUUGAGAUAAUGGUGGCGGAUAAGGAUGCGCCAAGCGCCAGACAGCUCAGGAACAUGUUGUGCUACAGCCAUUACAUCGCAAUGCGAAGCCACUUGGAAGUCACUCUGCUACGCAAGGAGCCGGUAACCGGAAUACAUGAUACCAAUUGGCAAGCAACGCAGAAUUUUGAGCUUGCGAUGAUGUCGAUCAACAAGAGAGUGCAUCUGCAUCUCGUAGAUGAGCCAGAUGCUGAGCGAUGGAGGAGGGAUUGGGAAGAGACGACAAGUGCGUCAGAGGCAUGA